GUCUGCACUCUCGUCCCGGCCUCUCUCCUGCCCGUGGGGCUGUGGCCCUAUGGAUGCACCUGUGCAGAUUUUCCGGGAGGAGCCAGGCUCCACCUGCUCCCCAGGUCCCUGUCGCCCCCCCAGCACCAGCAGCAGCUGGCUCCUGGGCUGGGUGGACUAUGACAGCAACACCACAGGGGCUUUCGGGGAUGCCCAGCACAACCACACCAGCAUCUCCCCCGCCAUCCCCAUCAUCAUCACUGCUGUCUACUCGGUAGUCUUCGUUGUUGGCUUGGUGGGAAACUCUCUGGUCAUGUUUGUCAUCAUAAGGUAUACAAAGAUGAAGACAGCAACCAACAUCUACAUUUUCAAUCUGGCUUUGGCAGAUGCACUAGUUACCACUACUAUGCCUUUCCAGAGCACUGAGUACCUGAUGAACUCUUGGCCAUUUGGGGAUGUGCUCUGUAAAAUAGUUAUUUCGAUUGACUAUUAUAACAUGUUUACCAGCAUAUUCACACUGACUAUGAUGAGUGUUGAUAGAUACAUUGCCGUGUGUCACCCUGUGAAGGCUCUGGACUUCCGUACUCCUCUCAAGGCAAAGAUAAUAAACAUCUGUAUCUGGCUAUUGUCCUCGUCUGUUGGCAUAUCUGCCAUAGUUCUUGGAGGGACCAAAGUCAGAGAAGAUACUGCUAGCACUGAGUGUUCCCUGCAAUUUCCAGACAGAGAUUACAUGUGGUGGGACAUCUUCAUGAAAAUCUGUGUCUUUGUCUUUGCGUUUGUUAUUCCAGUUCUCAUUAUAAUUGUUUGCUAUACUCUGAUGAUCCUGCGUCUUAAAAGUGUACGGCUUCUCUCGGGGUCUCGAGAAAAAGAUCGAAACCUGCGCCGCAUCACCAGAUUGGUUCUUGUGGUUGUGGCAGUGUUUAUUAUCUGUUGGACUCCUAUUCACAUUUUUGUGCUGGUUGAAGCGUUAGGGGAUGUGUCCCAUAGUACUGCGGCUAUAUCCAGCUACUAUUUCUGUAUUGCUUUGGGUUACACCAAUAGCAGCCUCAAUCCGAUCCUGUAUGCUUUUUUGGAUGAAAACUUCAAGAGAUGUUUCAAGGACUUCUGUUUUCCAUUUAAAAUGAGGAUGGACAGGCAGAGCACCAGCAGAGUCAGAAACACUGUGCAAGACCCGGCUUAUAUGAGGGAAACAGAUGGGACAAACAAACCUGUAUGACUAGUCGUGGAAAUGUCAUCUUACUGUCCUCAAGAAAGAGAAGAAUCCAAUGACCUAGGAGUGACUCAGAUUACUACUGCAGUUUGAGCUAGACUCACCCAGAGGGACAUUUCUGGAAUAUUUAAGAAAUCCUAGUGGUUUGAACUAAAACAAGCUAAUUAUUGACAAGCAAGAAACCCCUGAAAAUAAGCUCAAAUGAAAAGGACCUGACUGGUGAUCAGGUUUUGAGGCCAUGUUUACUGUAGAGCAUGUUUGGGGAGAUAGGAGAUACUUAUUAUUGUACCAGGUAACUCUGGAUCAGGAAGGCUCUAGCUUUUCUCUUUACAAUGUAUAAGGUAAUAUUAAGCAACAUUUGGUCGUAACACUGAGUUAUGCUAGGAAUACAGUUUUGACUUGACAGUGAUUACUUCUGAAGUACAUAGUUUGAAAACUUGAUUUGUUGUACUCUUUUGCAGUGAAUAAUGAUGUUUAUGUUUCUGCAGAACACUGACAGAGCUAUAAUCAAUAUUCUCCUCAAUUAAUAUAUCCGUAAUAUUUGUCCAUGCUGUGGAAAUCCAAGUUAAGCAUGAUAUGCCUACAUACCAAAGUGAUUUUAUUGUGUUUGUAUAUGGUAAAACAUUUCAGUGUUUUAAAAAAUGUAUUGCGAUUUAAGGCAAAUUGUUAGUAUAUUUUUAGCACAUGCUUAGUCACCUACGUGUUACGUUUUUUAUGUGUGAUUUUCCAAGAUGACUGCGUAUUUAUUGAUUGUGAAUAAUAUAAUAUGCAUUUCAGCAAUGUAUUUUGAACAAGAGACAGGAAAACUUCAAAUUCUUCAUUUGUUGCAAAACUGAUGAAAAAUUGUCCCCCAUUCAUUAUACUGGAACAUAAAUACUUCCGUUCCAUUUUGAGAAAAGGACAUACUUAAAAAUAGUGCUGUACUUGUUUUCUGGGACAAUUUGCAAGCAGACCAAAAUAAAUAUUUGAAGAGUUGUUAUUAGAAAACAGUACACUGAUUAAGCGGACUGAUACAGAGGCAAUUAAUAUGAAAUAUAUUGGAUGCUCUAAUGGCACUUGAAAGUGAAAGUUCUCAUUUUACUGAUGAUAAUAAGUUUUUCUGUGAUACAGUCCUAUGAAAUGAGUAAAUUUAUUUGUUUUUCUGUGAAGAUGGAGAAGCCAAGGCACAGAGAAGUUACUGUCUUGCUGAAGGUAAGUUUAUGGCAAAACUGAGUCUAACCUGCCACCUUUUGCCCAUAGUCUUUAGUCUACCUAACUGUUAAA